AUAAUGUCUUCCAUUAAUCUCCCAACUCAUUCUCUCAAAUAUUCCCUCUUCAACUUCUUUUCUUCACAAAAUUUUGCUUUACAUGUUACCAUGAAAACAUACAAACCAAAUAGCCAACGUUUCAUCAUUUCCUCAUUUUUCUUCAUUAUUUUCCUUUGUAUUAUUGCUUCAAUCAACCAAAUUCGAUUCGAUAGCUUUUUAAAGUUCAGUAGAUGUGCUUUUUCUCAAACAAAUAUUACUCAUUCUUCUACAAAAAACAUUCUUGAUAUAAAUUCAUCUACAUUGUCAACCAAUAACGACGAAAUCCGAAUUCUCAUAGGAAUCUUAACACUUCCCGAUCAAUACCAAAAGAGACACUUCUUACGUCUAAUCUAUGGUACACAAUCUCCAAUAAUAGGUGCAAAAAUUGACAUAAAGUUUGUUUUUUGCAACUUAACAAAAGAAGAUCAAAAAGUAUUAGUAGCACUUGAAAUAAUGCGUUACGACGAUAUUAUCAUCCUCAAUUGUCAAGAAAAUAUGAAUAAAGGUAAGACAUAUACAUAUUUUUCAAGCUUACCAGAAAUGUUUUAUGACCAACUUUAUUAUCCACCUUAUCAUUACGUGAUGAAAACGGAUGAUGAUACGUAUAUACGUCUUGAAAAUUUUGUACAAUCUUUAAGGCCAUUACCUAGGGAAGAUUUGUACUAUGGUUAUGUUAUACCAUGUCCUAGUAUGGACCCUUUUGUACAUUACAUGUCAGGAAUGGGUUAUUUAGUGAGUUGGGAUAUAGUUGAAUGGAUAAAACAAUCUGAUAUUCCAAAAACUCAUUUAGAAGGACCAGAAGAUAAGGUAUUUGGAGAGUGGUUACGAGAUGGACAUCGAGCUAGACAUAGGUACAAUGCUAAAUGGUCAAUGUACAAUUAUCCUGAGCCGCCUACGCGAUGCACGCAUGAACUAUGGCCAGACACCAUUGCAGUUCAUCUUCUAAAGAAUCAAGAGAAGUGGAUUCAUACACUCAAUUAUUUCAAUGUUACUAGGGGACUUAAACCAUCUAAGUUGUAUCAUAUACCUUAG